ACAUAUUAUAUUAUAUUAUGAUAACUGAUAAGAUAUAAUAUCUUAAAUCAUGAUUUACCUUGUAUUUUUUAUUGUUCUUGAUAAGAAUACAAUAUUUUAUAUCUUUGUUGGUGUUGCGUCUUUAUAUUUUCUAUUUACAAUGUCGGACAUAGAAGAUACGCCAGAGGUGUUUGAAGAAGAAGGACCGUCGACACCAAAAAAGAAAAGAUCUCUAAGGAAUGAACUUUCCAAACAUGAAAAAGAAAAACACAGAAAGCAAAAAUAUAGAGAAGAAUGGGAGAGCAAUAAGGAAUUUAAAGGUUGGCUUAAACCUGAAAGGGAUAAUCCCUUUAAGGCUAAAUGUAUCAUGUGCAACGUGAGUUUUGUUUCUGAACUGAGUUGCAUUAAAAAACAUUGUAACAGUUCGAAUCAUAUAAAGUCACUAAAAAGUUCGUCUCACUUUAAAAAUAUUAUGUUAAAUUUUCAAGUUAUGGCGAAAUCUAAUCCUUUAAAUAAUUCUGUCAAAACCGCAGAAAUUAAAUUGUCUGCUCUUUUAGCUGAACAUAAUGUAGCAUUUUCAUUAAUCAACCAUUUAGAGCCCUUAUUAAAAGAAAUUUUCCCAGACUCUAAAAUUUGUAAAGAAAUGAAAUUGAAACGAACUAAAGCUACAAACAUUAUUACAAAUGUAAUUGCGCCUGUGGAAAAAGAAAUGUUAAGUCUAAAACUGAAUAAAAGUAAAUUUUCAAUUAUGAUUGAUGAGUCAACCGAUGUUGCUUGUAUAUCUACCAUGUGUACUGUAGUACGGUUUUUUGAUACAGAGUCCAAGAUUAUUGUUACAAGGUUUUGGGACUUAGUACAGGUCUUUGAUGUAAAAGAACCAGAGACAGUUGAUAAAGGAGCAACUUCAGAAAAUCUGUUUAGUAAAUGUAUUCAGUCAUUUGAAAAUCAUAAUGUUGAUGUAAAAAACAUUGUUGGAUUUGGUUCUGAUGGCUGUUCGACAAUGAUGGGGUCUAAAAAUUCUGUUUCAAGCCGGCUGAAAAUCACAUUCCCGGGAAUCUUCGUAAUGAAAUGUAUUUGUCAUUCUCUUCAUUUAUGCUGCAGUGAAGCAUGCAAGUCCUUGCCCCGAAGAAUUGAAGAUUUUGCUCGGAAUGUAUUUAAUUUUUUCAGCCACAGUAGUAAGCGACAGAGCCAAUAUAUAGAAUUUCAAAACUUUUUCAAUAUUUCUGUACAUAAAUUGCUGCACCCAUCUCAGACGAGGUGGUUGUCGCUAUUUGCUGUUGUCCAGCGUAUUUUGGAACAGUGGAUGGCUUUACAUUCAUAUUUUAAUGAAAAGUGGUUUUCAGAAAAACUUGUUGCUGCAGAAAAUAUUUAUACCCAGCUGAAUGACCCUUUUACAAAAAUGUAUUUUUUUUUCUUGGAAUGGGUGUUGCCAAAAUUUAGUGCAUUAAACCAGUAUUUCCAAACUGAGCAAGUGGUAUUGAAUAAUUUAAAUGAAAAAAUGGAAUUAGUUUACAAGGAAUUAUUACUAUGUUACAUGAAAAGGGACUAUGUUCUCCAAACUCCAUUAGCUACAUUGAAUCCUGCCGAUCAAAGUAAAUUUAUGAGUCCUUCAGAAGUUUAUUUAGGAGUUAAAGUCCUUACUCAUACAAAAACCCCAGCUAUAGUACAAAGGCCAGAUUUGCUAAAAGAAUUUAUUUCUAGAUGUGUUGAUUUUCUGAAAGUUAGCUGUGUACAAAUAAAAAAAACGUUAUGAUUUUUCUAACCCAAU